GCCUCCCUGAAUCGUAUCCGCGAGUACGCUCUGGAAGCCAAUAGGGAGCGACUAUUGACUGCGGUCCGACAGCAAUACGGUGUUAAUCGGGAUAGUGCUAAAGAACUCUUUCUGCGGUUGCUGUAUGGAGGUUCGAUCUCAAGAUGGGUAGAGGAUGUGAGAGCCAGUGCACCCCAAAGUUUCAUGGGAGGGGCCGCGCCAAUCAUGGUAGAGCUGCUGGUGGAAAAUGAUAGUACAACUUCUAUUGGUGGUACUAG